UUCCCCUCGCGGGUCGGGCGGAGAGCGCUUCCUUGUGAAGAUGGCGGCUCCCUUGUCUCUGCUUCUGGUUGUAGCCGUCACAAUCCGCGCGGCUCUGAACAGAUCCAGCCUUGCGGAGCUGAUCGCAGAGAGGGUGGAGGUGGUGUCUCCGAUCACCGCCUGGAAGCGAGUCAUCGAAGGCUUGGCGCUGCUUGAUCUGGGGGUUUCUCCGUACUCCGGCGAUGUUUUCCACGAGACUCCGCUCAUCAUUUACCUCUUUCACUUUCUGGUGGAUUAUGCAGAAAUCACGUUCAUGCUGGCGGACGUCAUCACAGCGGUGGCUCUUUAUGUGGCUGUGAAGGACUUUAACAAGCAAGUGUUCAGGAAGCAGAAGUUUUCCCUGGAGGCGGAGCGUUACCCCGCAGACUGCCUGGAGCUCAUCAGGAGCCCGGCUGAGAUGUUCUACAUCCCCCUGAAGGUAGCCAUGUUCUACCUGCUGAACCCGUUCACCAUCCUGUCCUGCGUUGCCAAGUCGACCUGCGGCCUGAACAACGCCGUCCUCUCCCUGUUCGUCCUCACAACCAUCAAAGGAAACGUUCUGCUGAGUGCCAUUUUCCUCUGCUUGGCCACCUACCAGUCCAUCUACCCUCUGACGCUGUGCGCCCCCGCCAUGCUGUACCUGAUGCAGCACCAGUACGUCCCGGUGAACCCGCGCCGCGCCGCCUUCUGGUGGUUCGUGGUUCAGUACCUGUUCAUGUACCUGGGCAGUUUGUUCGUCACCGUCUGCCUGUCCUUCUUCCUGCUGGGCUCCUGGGACUUCCUGCCCUCCGUCUACGGCUUCAUCCUCUCGGUUCCUGACCUGACGCCCAACAUCGGCCUCUUCUGGUAUUUCUUCGCGGAGAUGUUUGAGCAUUUCCGCCUCUUCUUCCUCUGCGUCUUCCAGAUCAACGUCUUCUUCUACACCGUCCCUCUGUGCAUCAAACUGAAGGACCAGCCGGUGUUCCUGAUGUUCAUGCAGCUGGCGGUGAUCUCCAUCUUCAAGUCUUACCCCACUGUGGGCGACACGGCGCUCUACCUGGCCUUCCUGCCCGUCUGGACUCACCUGCACAGAUUCCUCAGGAACAUCUUCCUGGUUUCCUGCGUCCUGCUCGCCUGCUCCGCUCUCUUCCCGGUUCUCUGGCAUCUCUGGAUCUACGCCGGAAGCGCCAACUCCAACUUCUACUACGCCAUCACGCUGCUGUUCAACGUGGCGCAGAUUCUGCUGGUGUCUGAUUAUUUCUACGCCUUCCUGCGGAGGGAGCACCACCUGACGGCCGGGCUGUACCUGAAGAAGAAGGACGGCUCCGAGGCGACGCUGGUGCUGAAAUGAAGCGCACCCUGCGGCUGCUGCGGCUGCUGCAGAGCAACGAGCUGAUCGGACCGGAUCGAACCGGACCGAAGUGAGGAGGAGGAGUAAAAACGCUGACGGUGCAGAACUCAAGCGACUCGCCGCCGUUUCGUUGAACAAACUGAACUGUUCAGGAGGGAACGUUUCAUCUGAGAACAUUUUAUUCUGAACUUUUUCUGUUUAAACGUCAAAUGUAGGAAAGUUGGGAACGUCCAGAGAAAUGACAGGAUUCUGUAAAGUUCUAAAGGUUUCAGGUAUUGAUUGGAUCUUUUCUGGGAUCAAAACAACAAAACUUCUUUUUUUGCUUUGCAGAUUUUGGGUCAAGAUGAAAUUGUCCAAACUGCAAAAACAAACUUUAUUUCUGUAAUUUUUUUUUCCUUUUUUAUAAAAAAUAUAACACUUAUUAGUGAAAUAA